AAACUGUAACAAUGGCUGCAGCUGUCAAAUUUGGUAAACACUUAAAAGAACUGCGGAUUCAUCUUUGCCAGAAGUCUGCUGCAAGUCAAGGUGUUAGGGACUUUGUUGAGACACAGUAUGUGGCGCUGAAGAAAAGUAAUCCAAAGUUCCCUAUCCUCAUCCGUGAAUGCAGCGGAGUUCAACCUGUUGUUUUCGCAAGAUAUGAGUAUGGGAAGGAAGCCCAAGUACCGUUGUCAGGCAGGAACAGCGCAGAUGUUUUGAAAACAAUAGAGACUCUGAAUAAGCAGUGAACACAUUAAAUAAAUUCUUAGGACUUGUUUUUUUGAAAUAGUGAAAUAUGAUGAAAUAAAUAUAAAAAUAUU